GGCCAAUUGCAGAGGGUGUAGGGGGUUGGUCGGCUUGGCGCUGGCCCCAGGGAUAUGGACUCACCCGCGCGGGGACACCCUGGCAAGUGGUGGCAGAACGGAAUCCUAUUCUAAGAACUCAGGCACUCAGGUAUCCACCAUGGUGCUGGGUCCUGAACAGAAGCUUCCGGAUGAUGACACUUCUGGAGAUGGUGGGGACUCUGCCAGUCUCGGUGCUGUCAACCCUGCCUACAGCGACUCCUCCCUCCCACAGUCCUCGGGGCGCGCGGAGGAGCCCUUCACCACCUACUUUGAUGAGAAGAUCACCAUUCCUGAGGAGCACUCUUGUUUCAGCUUCCGUAAACUCUGGGCUUUCACGGGACCGGGCUUCCUUAUGAGCAUUGCCUACCUGGAUCCAGGAAACAUCGAAUCUGAUUUGCAGUCUGGAGCCGUGGCUGGAUUUAAGCUGCUCUGGGUUCUUCUGUUGGCCACCAUUGUGGGGCUCCUGCUCCAGCGCCUUGCAGCUAGACUGGGAGUGGUCACGGGGCUGCAUCUUGCUGAAGUAUGUCAUCGUCAGUAUCCCAAGGUCCCACGGAUUAUUCUGUGGCUGAUGGUGGAGUUGGCUAUCAUUGGCUCAGAUAUGCAAGAAGUUAUUGGCUCAGCUAUUGCUAUCAAUCUCCUGUCUGUAGGAAGGAUUCCUCUGUGGGGUGGAGUUCUCAUCACCAUUGCAGAUACCUUUGUAUUUCUCUUUUUGGACAAAUACGGCUUACGGAAGCUAGAAGCAUUUUUUGGCUUUCUCAUCACCGUUAUGGCCCUCACAUUUGGAUAUGAGUAUGUUACAGUGAAACCCAGCCAGAGCCAGGUGCUCAAAGGCAUGUUCGUGCCGUCCUGCUCGGGCUGCCGCACCCCACAGAUUGAGCAAGCUGUGGGCAUCGUGGGAGCUGUCAUCAUGCCACACAACAUGUACCUACAUUCUGCUUUAGUCAAGUCCAGACAGGUAAACCGAGCCAGUAAGCAGGAAGUUCAAGAAGCUAAUAAGUACUUUUUCAUCGAAUCCUGCAUUGCUCUCUUUGUCUCCUUCAUCAUCAAUGUCUUUGUUGUCUCAGUCUUUGGCGAAGCAUUUUUUGAGAAAACCAACAACCAGGUGGUUGAAGUCUGUAGAAAUAGCAGCAGUUCCCAUACUAGUCUUUUCCCUGAUGAUAAUUCAACACUGGCUGUGGAUAUCUACAAAGGGGGUGUUGUGCUGGGAUGUUACUUCGGGCCUGCUGCACUCUACAUCUGGGCAGUGGGGAUUCUGGCUGCAGGACAGAGCUCCACCAUGACAGGAACCUAUUCUGGCCAGUUUGUCAUGGAGGGAUUCCUGAACCUAAAAUGGUCACGCUUUGCCCGAGUGAUUCUAACCCGCUCUAUUGCCAUUAUCCCCACUCUGUGUGUUGCCGUCUUCCAAGAUGUAGAGCAUCUAACAGGGAUGAAUGACUUCCUGAAUGUGCUGCAGAGCUUACAGCUUCCCUUUGCUCUCAUACCGAUCCUCACGUUCACGAGCUUGCGGCCGGUAAUGAGUGACUUUGCCAAUGGAAUAGGCUGGAGGAUUGCAGGCGGGAUUUUGGUCCUCAUUGUCUGUUCCAUCAACAUGUACUUUGUCGUGGUUUAUGUCCGGGAACUAGGGCAUGUGACAUUGUAUGUGGUGGCUGCUGUGGUCAGCGUGGCUUACCUGGGCUUUGUGUUUUACUUGAGUUGGCAAUGUUUGAUUGCACUGGGCAUGUCCUUCCUGGACUGUGGGCACACGCUUUCCCUGUCUGUCUUACAGGAGCUGAAUACUUACCAUCUUGGAUUGACAGCUCAGCCUGAACUCUACCUUCUGAACACCGUGGAUGCUGACUCACUUGUGUCUAGAUGACUGACAGCCUGAGAGACUGUAUAAGAACCAUUUAUUCUUAGUCCUUUUGUGCCAAGUAUCCUGUUAACAUAUCUCUGUUAGUUCAGAGGUGAGUUUUGUUCAAAUGUUUUGAACAAAAAGCAAAGAUUUCCUCAUGGGAAGGGUGUUAAAAGCUGACAGCUAUAAGUGUAGGUCAGAGACCACCCCCCUCAACCAAAGUCCUUCAACAGAGUCAAAUGACAGGCCUGUGAUGGCCACACACCCCUAUGGGUUUGUGUUUUCUGGAAUUUAAAAAAUAUUUAUGUGUAUAUAUUUAUGUAAACCUGAACAGACCAGUUUGGGUAGAGUUUUAAGGUUAUAUAAAACUGAUAGAUCUGUUUUGUAUUUUUUUAAAAAAGUAUCAUUCAAAUAAAUUAGAUAUUCAGGUAGAUUUGUCUGGAGCAGAAUUAAGAAAGGGGGUAAUGCUCUUUUUCUGAAUGAACUGAGAAAAAUUGACUUACUUUUUAAAGUGAUGCUUGACUAUGGCCAGUUAAAUUUCCCUUUGAUUUUAACUGACGAGAUCCUUAGUAACACUGGUACUAGCACAUCACAUCUAAAGACAACAUUUCUUUUAUUUGGUAAUCAUAGUUAAUCCUGGUUAUUGGCAUACUUUGUAAUUACUGAUUCUCUUUGUUAACACUCUUCUUGAAUUUUUUUUCAGAGAUAUGAUGGUGUUUUCCAAAGAGCUUAACGCCUAGUAGCAAGAUCCGCAAACCGUACUUUAACCGAUAAUCGGUUUUCCAUGCUGCAUUGUCAUUGAGCCCAUUCUAGCAUUCAGGUUUUAGGUAGGAAAGAUGAAACUUAUAAUACUUAAUUUUUAAGUCCCGACAGACGAUAAGAGAGAUAUUUUUUUUCUUUAUAAUAUUGGUAUAGUCCCACCAUGUCUUUUCUUCCCACUUUUCCCAUUAAUACUCCAAACACCAUUUCUAGGUCCAAAGUCUAUUUCCAGGAGUGGCUAAUAGUCCUAAUGUUGAAUCACCCAAGGAACGCUGUCUUUUAUUUUAUUUAUACAACUAGUAUGAGAUUAGCACUUAAUUAGUAAUAUGCAGAUUAGUCCACAUCACAGACUGCCUGUCUGCAUGUGGGUUAAAGAUUUUUUUUUACCCCUUUUCCUAAACAGGACUUUUUUCUUACGUUUUUUUAUAAUAAAAAGUUAAUAUUUAAUAAUUGAAAGUUUUUGCAGAAUUAUCUGAUUGAAAAGUCAGAAAAUUUUCAACACUGGGCUCACAUUCCUGCAUGGAAAUGCAGCUGGCUGGAACUGAAUGGCAGCUACCAUUUUUUAUUGAAUGUACUCCAGAUGGUAUACACCCCUUCAUUCAUUUCCUUCCAGCCUCCAAGGCAUUGAGUUUCCAAACAGUGUAGCCUUUACAGGACUUUAAGCAUCAUUUUCCUCUUUCAGUAUAAAAGUUAAAUAUCUGACUUAUUUUAUCUGCCUUAUUUUAAAACUUGGUACCUUUCAGUAAGAUUUUUUUAAAAAAUUCAGACAUUGCCUAUCUUCAUUUAUAGUGACAUGGCCCUCUUAAGUGGCAGGGAUUUUUCUAUGAUACUUUCAGAUUCCCUCAUUUCUACGUAAGGGGCCCUUGAAACUCCUGUAUGAGCAGCAGUCUUGCAAUUCAGGUUAGAGUCCUUCUGAUCUUAAAAAUGAAACUGAAUUAACAUCACUUACCAGUUUUCUCUUGAAAAAGAGAUUUUUAAAAAUGGGUUUUAAAGUGUUUUGGUUUCUUUAUACACAGAGAACAACUCUAGAUGGAUUUUUCUUUCCCCCUGGGCAAUUUCAUCUGUCAGCAGUUUUAUUACCAGAAAAGGUUUGCGGAAAGAAAAGGAAAGAAACCGUGUUUUGUGACUCAUAAAAAGAUGAGGUGGUUGGUCAAAUUGGUCAAACAGAUUAAGUACUUGGGGAAUUUCUGUAGCUUGUCUCCAUUCUUUAACUAUAUGUUAGCCACAGACUAGAGUUUACAAAAGUUUAUAAGUAUACCUGUCGAGUCAUACAGCUCCUAUAAUCAGAAAAUUUUAUAAUAAAGCAAACUGAAUCAUGCUGAAACUAGUAGAAGAGAUUGAUGUCUAAAGACUGAAUCUUGGGUACACAUUUUUGCUAAAUUAAGGACAUUUAAUCAUUUUCUAAUUAGUCAUUUACAGAUCUGGAUUCCUAUAUUAUACCCUUAUAUAGAUGUUAAUAUAUACAGUAUACAGUGUUAAGAUUAACCUAAAUGCUAACACUCACUCAAUUCCUGGAUUUAACACUAUGGAGUCCAUUUGUAAAAGGAUGCUCUGACAAUAGAUACCCAGAAUGUCAGAAAAACAGAAAUAAUUGUUACCAAGCAGUUACUGCUAUAUAACUGUGUGUCUGCCUAAUAAAAAAGGCAGGCAGAGCAUAUCCAGGCACAUGACAUAGUUAUUUAUUUAUUUAUUAUUUUGGUAUCAUUAAUAUACAAUUACAUGAGCAACACUGUGGUUACUAGAUUACCCCCAUUAUCAAGUCCCCACCACAUACCCAAUUACGGUCGCUGUCCAUCAGCGUAGUAAGGUGCUAUAGAGUCACUACUCAUCUUCUCUGUGCCCCCAUGACAUAGUUUAAUUAGCAAGCAAGGCAUCAGGGGUUACAGGAGCCAAUGAAAACAGCCUUCUCAAUUUUAAACAUGAUAUUAAACCACCAAAGCUUUGCCCUCUAGAAGAAUUGUGCAAAUUCAGGUACUGUAUAUUAUCUAUAGGUCCUUCUGCAGUGACUCUUCUGCUUUACCCAAGCUGGUGUGGGUGAAUGAAUGUCCUGCUUACCUAACUUUUCUGUAUAUAUGAUUUUACAUUUUAAUUUAAACACAAUUUGUGAGUUCUCAUGCAUAGCUACUCUUAGUAAAUAAAACUGUGGGUUUUUUUCAAACAAUAAAUAUAUUCAGUUCUCUCAGAGUAAGAUUAGAAAAACCUGGAACCUAUUGGGUUUGUGAGAACAGCCCAUUUCUAAUUAAACACUUGAGUUAACUUACUUCUAAUGAUGAGCAUAUAUUGAGAGACUGGAAUCUCCCCAGUGGCCUUAUUAGAAAUAUCUUUUCAUUGUGUAAUCAUCAUGAAGGAUGCCAUUCCUAGGCCAGCUGUUCUCAGUUUUCCUGACCUAUAUGGAACAUGUUAGAUCCGGCUGCUGGAAUAUUUAGUCUAGGGGAAUAAAGUAGUUGUAUUCUCUUCUUGCCCAUUUUCCAAAAAUGACAGUGUUCAUCAAAUAUGUGUACUUGUUGGUGGCACUGGAAGAGCCUCGUAAUAGGUACAAAUGAUAACUUUCAAAUUAAUUACAUGGGCCAAUGGAGAAAAGUGUAUACAAUACACAGAACAGUGGGUUAAUAUCUAGAAUGUAGACAUAUUUUCAGAUAUUUCUACAUCUUUCCUUUCCUAAGUAUUAGACCUCACCUUCUUGCCAGAGUAGCCCUUCACUACAGAAAACAUCAAGGGAGAAACCAUCACAAAUCAUCUUGCAGUGCAUUCUUCAUUUUAUCUUAGUGAAUACUUUGUUUUUGUUUUCUUUCCCAGGCUUAGAGUUUUAGGUGGUAAAUCUGAGUCACAACAGUUAGGACUACAACAAAACUAAUUUUUGAGAACCUUGGGCAGUUAAGAGGAGUUGGAGGCCAUAGGCAUACUUAACAUUUAAUGUUAUUUUGGUUUCUUUUGUUUUCUACAGUGUCAUGCCAGAUUAGCAGUAGCAUGUCUGGACCAAAUCCUUCCACCCAAACAGUGUCAAAGGGAUUGAUUUUUUUUUAAGCAAUUUACCUUGUACUUCUAGAAAUGGUUUCAAGAAGUAUAAAAAUAAAUACAAAGAUAUUCAAAUGUUUAGACAUUUAUGUUUGUGGUAAAAUAGUCAAAUUUUUAUGUAAGAGUGAGGUGUACAAUGGUGAACCAAAUUUAAGUAAUAUGAUCAUUCUCUGAUGUAAUUGUUGCCCCUUCUAAAAAGAAGUUUAUGAAGAUCUUAUUUGGGCAGAAUUAGGCAAUGACUUAGAAUAUCAUAUUUAAUAUGGAUAUAGAAAAAUUUUGCAUAGCCACUGUAUAACUCCUAAUUUUCGUAGUGGCUUGGCAUAAUAUGGAUUAUUUUCUGCCACUAACUAGAAAAUAAACAUUUUAAAUAAGUCGAACAGUCAUGUCCUAGGUUAUGAAAGAUAUUGACAAGGAUAUUUUUUGAUUUGACUAUGAUUGUUGAUUUAGAAAUCAACUUCUUAAACAACAGACUAUACAAGGCUAUGAGAAUUCUGUCUGAUACUUCUGCAGUAUAAUUUGCUACAUAUUGAAAAUUCAUUCUUUAUAAUAAAUGUUUUCAGAAGCCUUCUUGUUUUUCUUGUAUGCAGUUUCAUUUUUUGAACACAUUGAAGAAUCGAGGCCUAACGUAAUCCUUAUACAUAGAACAGAGAACACCUAGGAACAAAGAGAUGUAUAUCAAUAGAGUAUCCAUAGGAAACAAACACUGAAUUUCUUCCACUUACAUUUUCAAAAACUACAGCCCACAAUGUAAAAACAAGCAAACAAACUCCUUCCAUCUUACCAGUUUUUGGCUUGAAUCAUACAAAUGGCUCCAGAAAAAAAACAAAACAGUGAGAGCCAUUUAAGAUCAGUAUAAAUCUGAAUUUAUGAUAUUACCAUGACACCCUAAAGUUUGGAUUUUUUAAAAAAUUGGUGUAAAAGAAAAGUGGGAAGAUUUGGCUAAUAUUAAGAUAAAAAUAACAGGCACCUCAAUUUAGCAAAUAUCUAUUCAGUGCCUACUUGUGCUCAGUAUCCAAGGAAAAGGUGAAUGGAUUUAAUCUCUGCUUUUUGGGAUUUACAGUCUAGUGGAUGAAUUAGCUAUGAGUUUAGGCAGCUGAGAUGAAUGUAUAUCUCCCCCCAGGGAUGAGGUCCUACGGCUAUGCAGAAAGGAGGAAGUAGCCUGGGGAAUAGAGGAGCUCUUUCAGUGAAUUCCAGGGGUGUCAGUAAAUGUUCAUACCCAAAGCUGUUCAAACCCAAAGUGUUCAUACCUGUUCAUAUAAAUUAUCAAGGCAUCAGCUAUCUAGUAGAUCAUUUAAACUAAAUCCUUUACUUCAUCUGCUUUCUGACUUUCUGCUUCUGCUUUUCUUGUUAAUGUCAGAGUGCACAGAGGAUAAAGGAUCAGCAAGUUAUCUCAGCUAAUGACAGCAAAGUUAAACAGAUGUCUGCAUGAUUUUCCAGUUAAAUAGUACUAAACAGAUGCAUUCAAGGCAGAAUAUUUUAAAUUUGAAUCAUUGUGGUAUCUAUGGAAAUAACAUUUUCAGAUUUAGAAUCAUAGGACUCACCUCCUGUGCUUAAUAGACACACAAAAUUCUCACCUCUUGCCUACCUCUUAAAUGGUGUUUCCUGGAGUUCUGAUCUCAACUGUUUCUCCCCUAAUUCACACCUGUUGCUUCACUCAUAAGCAAGUUAGAUCUCUCUUCUGAGAGAUCUAAUAUAUAUUCAUUAUACUAUGAAUUAUAAUGUGACAUUUCCACAUCCUAUAGGUAGGUCCUAUAGGUAGGUGGUCUCCAAACUUAAAUUGUGCAUAAGUAAAUAUGUUGACUGUGCCCCUCAAAAUGUACAUUUAUUUAUAAACAAGGUAAAUGUAUGAUGGUCAGUCUAUGUACAUAUUAGAAACCAUUUUUUGUUUUUAAGAUAAUAUGUUCUUUCCCAAUAGAUCUCCUUAUAUAUCUCCUAGGGUAUGAGUACUUUAAUUUAGAGAUGACUGCUAUAGGCAUCUUAGUAUAAUUUAAAAUUAAGAGUUCAGGCUCUGGAGUAGAUUGCCCAUGUGACUGUGAACAAGUAACUUCUCUAUGCCUCCGUUUCCUUAUUUGUAAAAUGAGAUGAUAACAGUACCUAUCCUCAUAGGGUAUUGUUGUUUAAUAAAGACUGGGUUUUAUCUGGA